UGCUCAGCCCUGGCAGUCUCACGUCGAAUCCCGCCAGCGCAUCUUUUAUUUAUCCUCCACGCGAUCCUCCACGAAAAACACUACCAUUUUACCCCAGUCAUCUAUUAUCCACCGGCAAUUGUCGUCAAUGAUGUCAAAAAUUCAAAACUGACUCCGAAUUAUUUUUCAAAUUUUUUUUCACGAUUUUUCUCCAUUUACUUUUUUUUUUUUGAAUUUUUUGAAACUAGUUCCCGAUGCUGAAGUCGAGCUGGAGGAUAAAUGAUCGAGAGUCGGUUUCUCGGUGAAAAUUGUUUGAAUUAUGGAUAAAAUAAUGUUAAUGUUUUGCGUCGCUGCUAUUGUUGCGAUUCUCGCGGUUCAAACUGGACAGGAGUCGACGCGGGAACGAUACUUGAGCCAUCAUACCACAGGUUCAACACCGGCUCCACUGGAUUUUGAUAAUCAUUCCCAAACUAAUCCGCCAAUUGGACCUAAUAUAUGUAGAUCGAGAUAUCGCAGUUAUUGCUGCCCUGGUUGGUCUAGGAAACCAGAGACUGGACUUUGUGUCGUUCCAAUAUGUGCAAGACGUUGCGGAAAUGGAAGAUGUAUAAGACCAAACGUUUGUCUCUGUGACGGAGGAUCAGUUUCUGCAUCUUGCAGUGCGGGCAUCUCGUCAACGUCAUCGCAAUCUUCCUCUCCCCCGAAUCGAGGACAUGAAAGAGAGCGACAAGAAGAUCACAGGAAUCCACAAACCCGAACAGGUGGAAACUGUAGAGCACGAUGUAUUAAUGGAAAUUGUGUUGACGGAAGAUGUCAAUGCAGAUCCGGAUACGAGGGAGAGUUUUGUAACGAACCGAUUUGCCGUGAGCCCUGUUUAAAUCAAGGAAGAUGUAUCGGACCGGAUCGCUGUGCAUGUAUAUACGGUUACACCGGAAGACGUUGCGAGACUGAUUACCGAACAGGGCCUUGUUAUACAAAAGUCAAAAACGGUCAGUGUCUUGUUCAUCUGCAGGGUGUCGUAUGCACACGACAGAUGUGCUGCGCCACCGUUGGCAAAGGAUGGGGUCACCCUUGCGAGAGAUGUCCCAUGCGGCUCGAUUGCGAGAUUGGACACUUGAAAAAUAAUCAAGGCCAGUGUUUAGAUAUUAAUGAGUGCGAAGCAAUACCUGGACUUUGUGCGGGUGGAAAAUGUAUAAAUACACUUGGAUCAUUUACUUGCGAGUGUCCAGAAGGGCAGGCAAGAGACAUGGAGACUAAUGAGUGUACAGAUAAAAAUGAGUGUGAAGAAGAAGGUAUUUGUAGCGAUGGCAAAUGCAUCAAUACUGAACGCGGUUACUAUUGUGUUUGUAAUCCUGGAUUUAUUCAGAGCCAGGAUCGAAGAUCUUGCAUAGAUGGACGUCAGGGGCUCUGUUACACGGCAGUGAAUCGCAAUGGGCAGUGCAAAAGUCGAUUGGAAGUACGGCUCAGUAAAAAAGAUUGUUGCUGCGGGAAAAAUAUGGGCCGCGGUUGGGGCGACGAGUGUUACAAAUGUCCUACUGUCGGAACAAACGAACAUCACAAGCUUUGCUCAGAAGCUCCAAACAUCGCGAUAAACGAAUGCGUACUGCGACCUGACAUCUGCGGCGGCGGUAAAUGUAUCGACACACCCGACGGUUACGAGUGCGAAUGUCUUCCCGGUUUCGUAAAACAAUCUGGUAGAUGCGAAGAUGUCGACGAGUGUCAGCAAGAUUACUGUCAAGGUGGAAGUUGUCAAAAUUUACCCGGUAGUUUUCUCUGUCACUGCCCGCCAGGUUUUGUCGUUUCCGGCGAAGGAAGAUAUUGCAGCGAUCACGACGAAUGUCAGGAUACCGGAAUGUGUACCAAUGGUCACUGUACAAAUAUGAACGGCUCAUUCAAAUGUAAAUGUAAUGACGGCUACGUUCUUUCGCCAUCCAAGAAUACAUGUAUCGAUAUCAACGAGUGCUCGGAAAACCCGCGAAUUUGUUUGAAUGGAAGAUGCGAAAACACACCGGGUUCUUAUCACUGCGUGUGCCAGUCAGGAUUCACCGCGUCGAGAGACAACACGUUUUGCGUAGACAUGGACGAGUGUUCGACCACUGGGAUGUGUGAUAAUGGAAAGUGCGUUAAUAUGGAGGGAUCUUUCAAAUGUGUCUGCGACCCUGGGUUCAGACUUGGGCCCGACCAAAGCCACUGCAUCGACAUUGAUGAAUGUUUGAGCGCGCCGUGUCAAAAUGGGAAAUGUAAAAAUACACCGGGUAGUUUUAGGUGCGAAUGUAAUCCGGGUUUCAAUCUUGGACCAGAUGGCAGAUCGUGUUUAGAUACUCGGCGAGAUUUAUGUUACUCACAGUUCAAAGAUGGCCAGUGUUUGAAUCCGACGUCUACGGCAGUAACUAAGUCCAGUUGCUGCUGCUGUACUGUGAUCUUGGGGCAGCCUUUAGGAUGGGGAAGUAAUUGCCAGCCUUGUCCGAUGCCUCGGACACCAGAAUUUGAAUCGUUGUGCCCUCAUGGUGCUGGGAUGACUUACAAUGGAGAUGACAUUAACGAGUGCGCUCAGAAUCCCAAUAUUUGCGUUAAUGGCGGAUGUGAAAAUCUAAUGGGCACUUACCGCUGCAUCUGCGACAACGGAUACGAGCUGGAUGCGACCGGAAAAUUAUGCAGCGAUAUAAACGAGUGCGAGUUAGAAAAUUCACUGUGCUCAGGUGGUCAAUGUAGAAACACCCCAGGUAGUUUUCAGUGCGUCUGUCCAACCGGAACUCGAUUCAACACGCAGAACCAGAUGUGCGAGGACGUCGACGAGUGCGAAGAACUGGGCGCCGACGUCUGCAUCAACGGUAUCUGCAUCAAUACCAAGGGUUCUUAUGAGUGCGAAUGUACCAAUGGGUACAUUCUUGAUAAUACUGGGCACAUUUGUAUGGACAAUAGAAGAGGCUCAUGUUGGACGAAAAUGAUCGACGGAAGGUGCGAGAAUAAUUUUCCACGGUUGGCAUUGAAGUCGGAAUGCUGCUGCUCUGUCGGAGUCGCUUGGGGAAGUCCUUGCGAGGCUUGCGAUUAUUCUCUGUGCGAUUGUUCCAGAGGAUAUGCUAAAGUUGACGGCAAAGCUUGCGCUGACAUCAAUGAGUGUGAGUUGAACAGCGGGAUUUGUAAAGGCGGUGGAACUUGCGUCAAUACUGACGGCUCUUAUCGCUGCGAAUGUCCGCCUGGACUCACCCUCGACUCCACACACACAACGUGCAUUGAUACGAGACAGGAGACUUGUUACAUGGAUUACCGUCACGGACAAUGCACGGCUCCGAUUGACGGUCAAUUUUCCAAGAGCAUUUGCUGCUGCUCAGUAGGACGCGCGUGGGGUAACGACAAGUGCGAGCUUUGUCCCAAAUUAGGGACACAGCAUCACACGGAGUUGUGUCCAAAAGGCGACGGGUUUACAGACAGACAAGACAUCAAUGAAUGCGUCGAGUUUCCGGGAAUGUGUUUGAACGGCAGGUGCAAGAAUUCUAUUGGCUCUUACAGCUGUCGUUGUAACCAGGGCUACGCUUUAGAUGAAAACGGACUCAAGUGCAAUGAUAUUGACGAGUGCGAAAUAAUGCGCGGAGUCUGCGGCAAUGGGACUUGUGUCAACACGCCAGGAACUUUCCAGUGCGACUGCAAUGAGGGAUAUCGCAGCAGCGACAUCAUGAAGAUCUGCAUGGACAUUAACGAGUGUGAAGAGACUCCGGGAUUAUGCCGCGGCGGUACUUGUAGAAAUAUUGAAGGAGGGUUCAAGUGCAUCUGCCCACCGGGACAUGAACUGAGUCCAGAUAAGCAGUCGUGUAAAGACAUCGACGAGUGUUCCAGGACCAGUGGGAUCUGCUCUAAUGGCGUCUGUGAGAAUAUGAUGGGGACUUACCAGUGUAUCUGCGACGACGGGUACAGACAAACGGGCAUGAAGUCUCACUGCGAAGAUAUAAACGAGUGCGCAAUCGGUAACGGCGGCUGCGAAGAUAUUUGCGUCAAUACUCCCGGCAGUUUUUCUUGUGCCUGCAGCGCGGGGUUUGGGUUAAAUCUAGACGGCAGAACAUGCGCAGAUAUUGAUGAGUGCAAAGAAAAUCCUCGAAUUUGCAAUGGGGGCCAGUGUUCUAAUUUACCUGGUUCCUAUUCUUGUCACUGUACUGGAGGUUUAUUGCCUGGAAAAGACGGAACAUCUUGCAUAGAUAUCGAUGAGUGCAUAACUCAGCCGAGAGUCUGUGGCUUCGGGGAGUGUCGCAACACAAUCGGGUCAUUCGAUUGCCGAUGCGAGGACGGCUACUCAGUAAAACCGGAAGCUGGACCAGACUGCACGGACGAUGAUGAAUGUCUGCUCAAUGCUUACUCGUGCAGCGAGUUCGCUAACUGCCGCAACACACCCGGGUCUUAUGAGUGCACUUGCCACGACGGAUUCACGGGCAAUGGAAUCGAGUGCCGAGAUAUCAAUGAGUGUCUUGUCAAUAAUGGAGGCUGUGAUGCCAAUGCUCAGUGCAUUAAUACCGAAGGUUCUUUCAAGUGUAUAUGUGAUGCUGGGUUCCGCGGCGACGGGUACUCGUGUCGUGACAUCGAUGAAUGUACCAAUGACCCAUCGCUGUGUGAAAACGGUCACUGUCUUAAUUACCCGGGGUCAUUUCGGUGCGAGUGUGAGAUGGGAUUUAUGCAUCCUGAGGAGAAUAAUGAGCAGGCGUGUAUUGAUAUCAAUGAGUGCGAGAUGUUUCACAAUCUCUGCGUCUUUGGCAAGUGCGAAAAUAUAUUCGGGAUGUUCCGCUGCGAGUGCGACGAGGGCUACAAGCUUGACGGCUCUGGAGGCAAUUGCACGGAUAUUGACGAGUGCGAAAGCCCCCAGGCUUGUCAGUACGGGAGAUGCGUUAACACGCAUGGUAAAUAUCGUUGCGAGUGUCCGGCUAAUCACGAACUCGUUGAAGCGGGCAAUGCGUGCGUUGAUAGACGUGAAUCUCUUUGCUACACGGGUACUGAAAAUAUUGGCGGCCGUCCCCAGUGUGUGUUUGACAUGUCGUCGUCAGUAACCAAAGCGACCUGUUGCUGCAGCAUCGGCAGCGCCUGGGGAACGCGGUGCGAACAGUGUCCAGAAAUAGGGAGCAGAGAAUUCGAGGAUUUGUGUCCCGGAGGACUCGGGUACCGACCGAAUCGCGUGACCGUCGUGCUCGAGGAUAUUAAUGAGUGCGAGGAACACGAAAAUAUCUGCCAGAAUGGCCACUGUACCAACACAUUCGGCAGCUUCAUGUGUUCCUGUAACGAAGGCUACAUUUUGGACAGCACCAAGACCAGUUGCAUUGACAUAGACGAGUGCGCACUACAUCCGCAAAUUUGCGGAGUAGGCUACUGUAUAAAUGACCAGGGUAAAUAUCACUGCGAGUGCCCGGAAGGCUACAUGUCGAUGCCGGGCGGCAAAGAGUGCGUCGAUAUGCGGAAAGAACUCUGCUACGUCAGCUACGAGGGCGGGCAGUGCUUCAACCCGAUGGUACACCCGCAGACCAAGAUGCUCUGCUGCUGCUCAAUGGGCGCAGCCUGGGGAUCUCCUUGCGAGAGGUGUCCCGGUGAACGAACGCGCGAGCACGAGAUACUCUGCGGUAUGGUACCGGGUCAGAUUAUGAAUCCCAUCACUAAUCACACUGAGGAGAUUGACGAGUGCGCUCUCAUGCCCACGAUGUGCACCCACGGGCGUUGCUUGAAUACUCCCGGUAGCUUUGAGUGUCAGUGCGACCUAGGCUACAUCUAUGACGAGGAUUCCCACCAGUGUAUUGACGACAACGAGUGCCAGCAGACGCCGAAUCCUUGCGCUGGUAAUGCGCAGUGCGUUAAUUUACAAGGCAGCUUUGAGUGCCGAUGUCCUGCUGGUUAUAAGCUGGGGAUCAGUCAGCGGAGCUGCAUUGACAUCGACGAGUGCUACGAGCGACCGGGAAUUUGCUCCAAUGGAGUUUGUAAUAAUCUGCAGGGAUCGUUUCAGUGCGUGUGCCAUCUUGGGUACGCGUUGACGCGAGACCGCGAUUUUUGUGUUGACAUCGACGAGUGUCAGAGGAAUCCUAACAUCUGCAACAAUGGAACUUGUGUAAAUACACUCGGCUCUUACAAAUGCCAGUGCUAUGACGGAUACAAACUGAGUCCUAACAACGACUGCGCGGACAUUGACGAGUGCAGAGUGAUGCCGUUUCUUUGUAGGAACGGGAGGUGUAAGAAUUUGGUGGGUUCUUUUAUAUGCGAGUGCGCUGACGGUUACACUCUGGCCCAAGAUGGUCAGCACUGUCGCGACAUCGACGAGUGCCAGGAAAUUCCAGGGCUCUGUCCAUCGCCCGGCAAGUGCCAGAAUCUUAUGGGCUCGUAUAUUUGCAGCUGUCCUCCGGGGUACGAGUUAGACAACUCGAAGAAGAGGUGCGUCGACGUAGACGAGUGUGUGGAGACUAAAAAUAUCUGCGAGAAUGGCAAGUGCAUCAACACAGAGGGCGGGGUAAUCUGCGAGUGUCCGGAAGGAUUUAAACUCAGCGACAAGUGGAACUCGAUGACCUGCGUAGACGUCAGAGAGGAGCAAUGCUACGAUCGUUAUCGUCGCGGUCAGUGUCUGGCACCACGCAAGGGUGAGAUGACUCGCAAGCACUGCUGCUGCACUAUGGGCAAAGCCUGGGGAAAAUACUGCGAAAUAUGUCCACGAGAACAUUCCGAAGAAUUCAAACGUCUCUGUCCCGAAGGUUCCGGACGCGACGACUCGGGAGUUGACUUGAACGAGUGUCUGUUUAUGCCCGACGCUUGUUCAGGCGGGGACUGUAUAAAUACUGACGGAUCAUUCAGAUGCGAAUGUCCUCCCGGCUACACGCUCGACGAAACCGGAAGACGGUGCGUUGAUUUAAACGAGUGCCUGCACAACCAAAACAUCUGCGGCAACGGAACCUGUGGGAAUGUCGAAGGCGGGUUCGAGUGCUCGUGUGCCAACGGCUUCGCUCCAGGAGUAAACCAAGUAUGCGAAGACAUAAACGAGUGUCUAGAACUCGGCAAUCAGUGCGCGUUCCGCUGCCAUAAUGCCCCAGGUUCAUUCAGAUGCAUCUGUCCGUACGGAUACAUCCUCGCCGCGGAUGCCCGUCACUGCAUCGACGUCGACGAGUGUUCGACGCCGGCAAAUAACUGCAAGUUCCAGUGCAAGAACUUAAUUGGAUCCUUUAUGUGCAUAUGCCCGCCGGGUUACCAGCAAAUCGGAAUGACUGACGAGUGCAAGGACGUCGACGAGUGCUCCGUUAAUUCGGGACUCUGCAGAAACGGGCAGUGCAUCAACCUGGAGGGAAGCUACCAGUGCAGAUGCUACGAGGGCUUCGAAACGAGCUUAGACGGCAAGUCUUGCGUUGACAAGAGAGUCGGCUACUGUUUCCUGCGGACCGUCAGCGGCAGGUGCACCGCCAGGACCUCAGAACUCAAGACUGUCACGAAAGCCGACUGCUGCUGCACCAUGGGCGCUGCUUGGGGUCCCCAUUGCGAACUCUGUCCAUCAAGAGACUCAGAUAACUACAACGAGUUGUGUCUUGACAAAGGAUUCUCCGUUGAUGGUCAAGAUAUCGAUGAGUGUAAAGCCAUUCCUGAUCUAUGUCGCAAUGGACUUUGUAUAAAUACUCUCGGGUCAUUCAGAUGCAUUUGCGAUAAAGGAUACAAAGUCGACAGAGCUGGAACUCAUUGUCUCGAUGUCAAUGAAUGCGAGUUGACACCCAGUCCUUGCAAAUUCAACUGCCAAAAUACUGAAGGCAGUUUCAGUUGCUCAUGUCCUGUUGGAUUUAUAUUAAAUCCCGAUGGUGUAGGCUGUCGGGAUCUUGACGAAUGUGCUACCGGCAAUCAUCUUUGUCAGCAGAAAUGUAUUAAUACCGAAGGAAGUUACACCUGUGCCUGCAGAGAUGGGUACACUCAGCAUGGAGAUGCUUGUCAUGAUAUCAAUGAAUGCGACGAAGCAGGCACGUGUCCAAAACCAGGAACUUGCAUCAACACACUAGGAAGUUUCAAAUGCAUUUGCCCGCGAGGAUUUAAAUUAGACAGAACUGGACGUUUCUGUACCGACAACAACGAAUGCUCCGAAGACAGUAAUUGCGAUCAUGGCUGCCAGAAUUUAAUGGGAACGUUCAGGUGCAAUUGUCCCGAAGGAUUUAUCCAGCAUUUAUAUUACAACCAGUGCAUUGAUGAAAACGAAUGUAAUAAUUCGCCUUGUGGUGACAGUGCUUGUAUAAAUACUAUUGGAAGUUACAAGUGCGGAUGCCCGGAUAAUUAUCAGUUCGAUAAUGAUUUGCAGAUUUGCGUUCAAGUAAGUCCAGGAUGUGUCGGAAGUCCUUGCGCAUUCGGAUGCACACCCAGUGGAUUGAGUGGUUUCCUGUGCGGAUGUCCGACAGGAUAUCAACGAAUCGGACAAGGCCACUGUCUCUCGACAAUAAACCCACUAGCGACAGGUAACUAUGGAGAAGAAAUAGGAAACGUACCGACGUUCGUUAUCAACCCGGAUCCUUAUCACAUACCACCGGCUGGCGAUAAAAUUAUUUCUUCUGAAGGCUGUUUCUCUUGCAAGAUUAAUGGAAGAGAACGACAGAGAAGAGGAACUAAAUUACAAGGCAAUCAAACAAUAAAUGUUAAUCAUGCGAAACUUAGACAUGCGAGAGGUUUGAUGAGACGAGCGCCUUUAAUUAGAAGAUCGGCGAGACAUCAUCAUGGGGAAAUUUAUACCAUGAAAAUGACAUUACGACAAACGAAACAUAAAAUGAGAAUAAUCAAAUUGCAACCAGCUAUCAAGAAUGAAAAAAUGGAAUAUUCGAUAAUAAAAGGAAACAAAAACAAUCAAUUCGAAUUAGUGAAAGACCGCGGUGGAAUAUGGGGACUACAUUUCAAAAGCCGUCUCAAGCAUUCCGGGGAAUUCCGCGUGGUGAUAAACGGAAGGCCCGCCAAUGGAAUAACCGCCGAAAAUAAAAUAUGGGAGAAGCCAUUGACAUUCAGAGUUCACAUCGUCGUCACGGAUUGAGUAUAAAAAUUAUAAACAAUUAACCAAAAUUAUUAAUUCGACACUGCCAUUUGUAACUGUCGUUAAAAAAUAAUUUUUCAUGUAAAAAUAUGUCGAAAAAUGUGUUCAAUGUUAUUAUUGUUAGGGAGUUGGGUGAUAUGCAAUUAUUGUAUGUAUUUUUAUACCAAACUUCUUUUUAAUUAAUUAAUUUUUUUUAAAUAAUAGACUAGUUAUUAUUAUUAUAAAUGUAUAUGCAAAAUAACCGCACGAUUUAUACGCCGUUUUAAUCAUUAUUAAUUAUUAUAGUGUACAAAAAAAAUUUAUGUACUUUGCGCAUGUUUUUAUGUAGAAAUCAAAUACUUUUAAUGAUACUUAGACAAAUUAUAAAUAUAAAAAUGUUAUUUAU